GUUUUCCUGGCAACUUUCUGUUUCAUUUUAAUCAAUGAUUAAAAAAUCGGUAAAUACCCUUUUCUUUCCAGAAUCUGUGAGAUUUAUGGAGGUUUUAUAAAUAUUUGCCAUGUCAGCACAGAUAACGGAGGAGGAAUUUUUAAAGCUUCGUCAUGACUCCGAGCGUCGGCUUCAAACAUUUUAUGAUCACUGGCCAGCCUCCAAAGACUACCUGAAUAAAGAAGAGUUUGUGAGACAAGGAUUUUAUUGUGUGGGACAUGGUGACCGGGUGAGAUGUACAUACUGUCGCGGCUACCUCAGUGAUUGGGAACCAAAUGACGAUAUUUUGUUAGAACACCGAAAACACUUUCCUAAAUGUCCCUUCAUUCUAUCACCAUACAAGUUUCCCGAGUUCCGAGACUUUUCUAGUCGUCUGGAGUCUUUCAGUGAUUGGCCUGCACAGUUUUCACAGAAGAAAGAAGAUUUAGCUCAGGCUGGGAUGUUUUAUCUUGGUAAAGGGGAUCAGACUAAGUGCUUCUGGUGUAAUGGAAUCCUGGCGGACUGGGAACCAGGUGACACACCUAUACUGGAACACAGGAAGUGGUUCAAACACUGCCAAUGGUUAGAGGUCAUCAAGACGGAGCCAUUCUUUGUCAAUGCUGAAAAAGCAAGCAAGGAAAAAUCAAAAGACCAUACUUGUACAAAGGACGCUAGGAGUAAAUAUUUAUUGGUUUCAUUUCGUCAUACAGCGGCCCAGGAAUCCUCUUCUCCAGAACAAAUGGCCAGACAGAUUGGAUUUUCACCCGAUAUUAUCAGCAAGGCAGCUAAAAAGUGUGGUGGUCCAUUUGAUGUGGAGACACUAGUCAAGGCCAUCCUGGAUUUAGAUGAAAUUAAAACAGAGGAGGUCAAACAGACUCCAACAGAAAAACACCUUGAUAUGAAAUGCCUGAAGCAGUCUUUGCAGUCCUUUGAUCCGAGCUGUAAAAUCUGUUUUGAUUCUGACUUUAACACUGUAUUCCUGCCCUGUGGACAUUUAAUGUGUUGUGAAGACUGUGCCAAGACAAUCAAAAUAUGUCCAAUGUGCAGAUCCACCAUUACCAUGGCAAAGAAGGUCUUUCUUCAGUAAUGACAUUCCUAAACAAAGAUAGUUUUUAAUACUGCAAAGAAAAUUUACUUGUACCUCAAAGAAGGUCUGUCUUCAGGAAUGACUUAUUCCUCAGCAGUGAUAGUCAUUUACAGUCAAGCCUCUUUAUUUUGAAUUCAAUGGAACCCCCCAAAAAGUUUUGAGAUUUCAGAGAGUUUGAGAUAUGGAGGGUAAAAUGCUUAUGAAAUAUGAGAUAGUGAGAUUCUUUGACAUAUCUAACUGUGUAAACAAUUCAAAAAUGUUAUAUGUACCAUGACAAGAAAGGGUUUACUUUAAUCAGUGAUACCAAAGUAGUAUAAUCACUAUCACUGUAAAAUAGUUUAAAAUACUCAGUGGAUGAAAAAGUUAUAAUGUUUCUCCUCCCUUUUGUGACCCCUAUAUCUUUCCUAAAAAAUAAAGUAUGAUAUUUUUUUAAAAAACAAACGUUACAUGUAUACUGUAAAAUCACGUUUUUUCAUGGGGUCAAAUUUUCGAGGUAUUAGGAAAAAAUAUUGGUUUGAGGGGAUUUGAAUUCAUGGUUUUAAAAUAUUUAGUAGUAAUGCCUAUGACAUUUUACAAUUCCUGGUUGUCAUAAAUUCAAGGGUCGAUCUCUCCAUACCUUGAAAACAAUGAAAAUUAAACCCCCAUGAAAAUUAGUAACUCCACAGUACUCUUAGCCGAAAUAAUGAAGCCCUCUCUGAUUUUUUUUUGUCUGAUUUUUUUCCAAAAAAAGGGAGAGGGCUACAUUAUUGCAGCUAGCCUACUCUAUGUUGAUCUUACAAUAUAUUCGUUUUUGGUGACAAGUUAAUAAUGACACAUUUUUUAAUCCUUUCUACACCAUCCACUGGACAAAGAAAUGAGACCUGUUAGUGAUCAAGUACAUUUUUUUUUCAAGAAGAAAAUAGUGGCAGGACCUGAUAAUUAAA